UGUUUUCCAACCUUAAAAAUAAUCUGAAGUGCAGAUAAGACAACAGAUAAGGUUACGUUUUGUCUUUAGUCAUUGUGUCAUUUUGUGACUGGUCUAUCCUGUGCAUCUAACCGGUUUCAACAAACUUCAACGUCUAGUUAGGGAGGUUUUGGUCCUGACUAAUCACUGUGGUUGGAUGGAGGAGUAUGCAUACCGGAAAAGCGUGAUAUCAUAGUGAUACCGUGUGAUGUAUUAUCUGACACACACAAACACAUGCAGUUUAGGAAAGGAUAUUUUUCCACUUCGUAGCACUAAGGGGGCAGCUCUGUUAUAUAGAUCAUGACUCAUACAGUAGCCCUUCAGGAAGUUAGUAAUGUGUUUUUCUUAUUUUUUUUCUCUACCUUUUGUUCUCCUUUCAGGAUCUUUUGCAUGGCUGUGAAGUUUUCUUAGAUGGACCACAACAUGCAGUACUACACAAUAUGUGAUCUAUAGGGAGUUCAUGGAUGAUAUGGUUACACCUUUUUUGGAAAGGCAAGCCAUUACUGAGGAGAUGGCUUUAGUGAGCAAUGCACUGGCUGCUUACUCCUACAUAGCAGAUCACCCAGAACGUGCCGCGCUGUAUUUUGUAUCCGGGGUGUGUUUGGGACUGGUCCUCACUCUCAUCGCGUUAGUGGUACAAAUCUCUUGUAGAACUGAUUGCAGAACACAAAGAGCAGCCAAGAAAACGGGAAAACCGGCAGAGAGCACCAGUGAUACCAGCGACAGCGAUUCAGACUGGGACAAUGCCUCUGAUCUGUCGGCACGGCGGCACAGACGUUUCGAACGGACACUCGGUAACGUGUUUACUUCAGCCGAAGAGCUGGAGCGAGCACAACGAUUGGAGGAACGUGAGCGAAUCAUACGAGAGAUCUGGAUGAACGGACAGCCUGACAUGCCUGGCACACGCAGUCUGAACCGCUACUAUUGAAAGAUCUCUAAAGAUUUAAGAUUUCUUUUUGGAUGUAAAAAGAGACUCGGAAAUAGGCAAAACCAGCACCUGCAGUUGUCUGGAAACAUCUUUGUACUGGUGGGAACACGAGUGAAGUGUUUUUUUAUAAUUGAAAACUAAUUUGAUGAAGAAUUUAUCAUAAAAUGUAAUACAAAUGGUAGAAAAACAUACAUGCUUGACUUGAAAUAUAGUAGUUUCAAUCGCAAUGAAUAUCCUCUGAAAUAAUUUGGAUAGGAAAGUGGUAUGGUCACAGAUGUUAAUAGUGUGCAUUUGACAAUUCAGACACCUACCUUUAAUGUCUUAUCCUUGAGUGUUAUCUUUAAAUUGUUAUUUAAGCAAAAUGUUUUUUUUGUUACAAACCUUUAUAAUACAGCUUUGUCGUGGAGCUCAGGGCUUUCAUUUGACCUUACAUGUGACCCCACAAUGCCAGUCAUAAGGGUAAAUAUUUUGAAAUUGAGAUUUAUACAUCAUCCGAAAGCUGAUAAAUAAGCUUUCCAUUGAUGUAUGGUUUAUUAGAAAUAUUUGGCCAAGAUCUGGCAUCUGAGGGUGCAAAAAAUCUAAAUAUUGAAAUAUAUAUAUAUAUAUAUAUUAUUCAAAUAUUACUUAUCUGUUACUUAUGACUGGUUUUGUGGUCCAGGGUUACAUUAUUUCCUAUCCCUUUGUGAAGGAUUUAAUUUUUAAGAUACUAACCAAGCAAACAAAUGGUUGGUUUGUGCCUUUAUUUCACUUCUGGGCUUUCUUCAAUCAAACUUUUAUUAAUGAUGGUAGACAAUCACCUCUGUUUAUACAAUGUUUUCACAGCUAAUAUGAAUUAUGAAUUUUAUGAAUAUUAGUUUUUAUAAUAUAAAUAUAAAAAUUGUAUGGUGCUAAUACAGUAAUCCAUCCUUGCAUGAGUACAGUUAGGCAACCAAAAGGCCGAUAAUGGUCCAAAAAAGCAGUAAAAUCCAAAUAACCCAUUCUGUCCCAUGUCCUUAUUUUACUCUUUAGCAUUCAGCAAGCUACAGUAUGCAUACAUUCACACUUAUUCACACUUGUAUAUUAAUAAUUAUAUGCUUAUAUCCAUAACCAGUGGCGGCUCGUGACUGCUCAUCCCAGGGGCGCAAAUUCAAAAUAAGUGUUCGGAGUGUCAUGUGUAGCUUGCAUUUUCAAAAUAUGUGUUGGUUGCAUCAUGUGAACCAUGUGCAUCACGUGUUUUGUCAAAAUAAGUGCCUGCUCCACACUCGUCAAAACCAUUUAUGAUAAAAGAUAUGCUCACGUUCACGAAAUACAUGUAAGACACCCCCUUAACAGUAAACUCUGAUUACGCAUGAGUUUAUGCGAAUACACUGAAAAAAAUUAUUUGUUGAAUUUAAUCAAUUUUUUAAGGUAAGUGGUUGCAAUCAAUUUAUUUAAGCUACAUUAAAAAAAAAAAGAUUAGUAGAGUAAAAUAAAAUAUAAAACUUUUGUAUCUGGCAAAAGCAAGCGUCUCUUUUAUCUAGGGAUGCACCGAAUCCAGAUUUUUUGGGUUCAGCCGAAUCCACUGUUUAAGAUUCGGCCGAAUCCGAAACCGAAUCCUACUCGCAUCCUUAUUCCAUUAACACAGUAAAACACAUUAAUGAAGUAAACAACGUCCACAGCAGUGUAUUUUUCAUUUUAUUUAAUUUGUACAUUAUAACAGGAUGACAAGUUGGAAAAACUAUUUUGACAAUUACCAUAAGCCUAUGCAUAAUGAAAGUGAUGCAUUGCGACACGCUCGUUUUUCCAAUAAGCAAGCAACUCCGCGCUGAAAACCGGCGCUGACUGCAGAGAGUUCAAAAAUAUUCAACUUUGAGUGAGAAGCUCCGCUCGUCAAUGUCAGUUUUCACACGGCCGUCCAAUUACAGUGGAGGAGGGGCGGGACAUUACCACAGCAACCAACCGGCUCACAGCUGAAGCAUCACUGCUACCAAGCGCUCGACUGAAAAACAGCUGGCAUUUGACGUCCUCAAGGCGUUUUCAGCCGUGUUUAAAAGUUUUGGUGUGUCCAGCCCCUAAGGCUCACCGAAAGAAAAAGCUCAUCUCCACGUCAGCACCCGAUGUGUGUAAUCAACGGCCGUGUGACGUCGACCAGCGUAGCGCAAGCCUAGGGUUCGGUUCAGUGGAAAAAAAAUCUAGGAUUCGGCCAAACCCGAACCCCGUCAAAAAGCCCAGUAUUCGGCCGAAUCCGAAUCCUGGAUUUGCUGCAUCCCUACUUUUAUCAUAAACCAUUUCGCUGUGUCUGCAGCAUGCACUUAUUUUGACAAGAUGUGAUGCACAUAGGUUCACUUCAUGCGCCGGACACAUAUUUUGAAAUAAGGAACCACGACAUGACGGGCUACAUACAUGUUGUGACGAACUUUGCAUCGAGCGCCCUCAAAAAAAGAAGCACCGGCCACCACUGUGCAUAACCAUAUUAACAUAAAUACUAAUUUGCAUUCCCAAAAUGUUUCAUAAUGGAAAGUUGAUUAGGGAUUCAAAUUAAUGGGGAUUUGCAUGUUUAAAUCGCCAUGUGUGGUUUGCUUGGGUUUGUGUAUAUGAAACAGUCCUGGAAAGUUUGAAUGAAUGUUGUGCAUGGUGGUCACUUCCACUUUUUGUCUUCACCAGCUCAGUUACAUAUGAACAUUUCUCAGAUUACUGUUUAUCAUAUUGUGAUAUUGGAAUCUUUCAUCCAUCCACUAAAAAGACAAAUUAGAUGUGAAUGUGUUUUUAAGUGACGUUAACAACUUUGAGGGUGAGUCUUCUCAUGUUAUAUUUAGUGAAAUAUCUACACUGACCAGCCACAACAUAAACCACCUGCCUAAUAUUAUUUAGGAGCAUAACCCUGCCCUCUUUUCAUAGUGCAUUCUUUUUUCCUUUGGUAAAUAGGCAGACUCACCCAGCCAUUCACCUGAUCUAAAAAAUGUGAUUUAUCAAAUGUGGCCUUGUCAAAGUCAUUUAGAUCUUUUCACCCACCCAAUUUACUUUCUUCCAACACAUGACUGUUCACUUGAAAGGUGCCAUUGUAAGGAUACAAUCUAUGUUAUUCAAUUCACCUGUCAGUGUUUUUAAUGUUGUGACUAUAUGCACAUAUGCUUUUGCUAAUGAAGAUAUCUGACACAAAAAAGCAUACCUGUUAGAUGAACACUCUCAUUUUAUGCUUAAUAAAAUGUACAAUACCUUACUACAUCCUCAAAACAAAACC